AUGAGUGGAUACAAGUUCUCGACAGUCGACAUUGUGAAGCCUUUGAAAUCAGCUUCAGGCCCGGGAUGCUCAGUGUCCUCAGACAUUCUAGUGGGGAGUGGGGACGAAGAAAUGGCAUCGUCUUUGGCAGAGUUGCUUCAAGAGGAUGGCUUCAAAGGAAGAAGAUCAAGGAUGAAGGCAAGGGCCUCUUUCAAAGCAGAAGCUGCUGCAAGUAGUAGGAUGCGUGGAGAGCGACAGAGGAUGGAUCAUAUACCGGCUGGGUCUAGAAUCAGAACAGAAAGGGCAAACUCUGACAUGAAUCGCUACAAUUCGAGAGGAGGCGGUGAAUCUUCAGGAAGUAGCGAUGCUGGCACAAGCAGCAGAAAUCCCCGUGCUGGGGAUUAUGUGGCUAGUAGAUUCAAAAAUGAUGAAGAAGAAGGUAACUGGGAUAGAAUCCACAGACGUUCUAACAAGCCAACGUCUCACGAAACAGUUGAGGUUGGUAAGAAAGAAGAUGACGAUGAUGGCAGAAUUAAGGACAUUUAUUCUGAUAUGGUAAAAUAUGCAGCCAGCAGUAGUAGCCAUGGCAGUGGGAAUAGCUCAUAUGGAAAUGGUAUAAGAGCUCGAAAGGACAACGAAGCGGAUAGGAGGAGGAGGAGGAGGCCUGCUGAAAAUGUCACUCCUCCUCAAGUUGCUGGUUUUGCACUCGAUGAAGUUGCGAUCCAAGCCAUGGUCUCUAUCCUUAAUGGAUACAGUAGACGUUUCUUCAAAGAUGAUGAGUUCCGGACCAUGGCACGUUACAAUUGUUUCUCCUCAUUCAAUUUCAACGAGAUUGAAGAGAUCGACAGCAUUGAGAGGAAAGUCAUUUCCAGUCUUGAGGAAGCCGUCGAUACAGUGGAGAAAGCAGCAGCUAAGGAUAAGGAGGAGGAGGAUUUUGUGAGUGCGAAGGAUCUGAAGAGAGCCGCGUUGCAGCUCAGUGUGAUCACGGGUUUUAACUCAAAUGAGCUGAAAGAUGGUUACACAUUUGGAGUUCCAAACUCGAGGUUGUCUGCCUGUGCACAUUUCUACCUCAGUGUUGUGUACAAGCUGCAGAAGAACAAGGACAGAAUUUCAGCGAAACAUCUUCUCCAAGUGUUCUGCGAUUCUCCAUUUUGGGCACGGACAGUUUUGUUGCCUGACCUGUGGGAAUAUCUAUUGUUUCCCCAUCUUUCGCAUUUGAAGUCGUGGUAUAACAAAGAGGCAGAGUCUCUACCGUGCACACCAAGCAAGAUACGGAAAGUUAAACUCCUUGAUAAAGUUUACAAUGAAACUCUGGAUUCUGGUACUUACCAGUUUGCUGUCUACUACAAGGACUGGCUGACUGAGGGCCUUGAAGCUCCUUCUGUUCCUUCAAUUCAUGUGCCUUCAUUGUCAAGUCAGAGCCUGUCAUCACAAGGGGGUUCCAAGGAUCAUUCUCCAAGAAUCUACGAUGCUAUAAAUUCGAGUAAACUUGGUCAUUCUGAGGCAGGAGAAAGUGGGGAUCAUGGAGGCAGCUCUGUGAAAAGUGCUAGGAGCUCUGAUGAUUCUGGUGUUCAGGUUAAAGAAGCACUGACAACAACAUUCUACUCUGAGAGGGGAAAGGAUGUCAAAUCCCUUUGUGGUCAGGAGCCAUUAGCAGCACCCCAGGAAGAAUGGAAAUUGGCUGGAGCAAGAGAAGAGCAGGAAACCGAUUCAAACGGUGGAAUGUUUAGUUCUCAAGAGUGGCAUGAUGCUUCUACCCGGGGAACUGCUCAUGUAUUGAAUGCAUCUCCACAGUCUAAAGCAACAAAUGAGCUAAGACUCAAAGGUCUCUUACAAUCUGUUUCUGGAGUGCAACGCUUUAACGAGGCUAGUGAUCUCACUGUGAUGAGUCCAAGGGCUGGUUAUGAAUUAGAUUGUGAAUAUUUUGAGGAAGGAUCAUUCUAUGCAAGCAUCCCUCAGGACUUUAUCUGUCCCUUAACUGGAGAGUUGUUUGAAGACCCAGUGACUCUAGAAACCGGACAGACAUUCGAGAGAGAAGCAAUUGCAGAGUGGUUUGAUCAGCAGGGAAACUGUGCCUGUCCAGUGACGGGGAAAAGUUUAGAAUGUGUGAACCUGCCACUUACCAACUUAAUUCUGAAGCGAAUAAUUCAUAACUGGAAGCUGGAACAUUGCGGUCAGUUGUUGGCUUUAGCCUCGGAAAUCAUUAGAACUUCAAGGGAAUGCGAAACAAGGCAACGAGAUGAGACGGCUACAUUCAUAUUGGAGAAGCUCCUGACAACAUUCAAUGUAGAGGAGCGAGUGAAAAACGCCAUACAUCUCGUCUGUCUAGGAGGCUUGGAGUUUCUCAUCAGAAGGUUUGCACUUGGAAAUGUAGAAGAGAAAUCACGCGUUGCAUUGCUUCUGUCAUGUUGCAUUGAAGCUGAUUCGGAUAGCAGAAGCCUGAUCGGUAGAAACAUUGAUCAGCAGUGCCUCGUUGAUUUACUUCACAGCAAGCAGCCUGACUCCAGACGAAAUGCAGUUUCCCUUUUCACCGAAUUAGUUUGUCUUAGCAGGAGGAGAGAUGUUAUGUUAUUCUUUCGAGACUUGGAGGACGAGAAGAUAACCAGUGUGAUGCAUGUGUUGCUACUUCAUCUUCAGGGCUCCCAACUUGAGCAAAAGCCCUCUAUUGCUGUACUGCUUUUGCAUUUGGAUCUUCUGGUUGCACCUCAAAAUUACUACAGCAUCUAUAGGGAGGAAGCAGUUGAUGCUAUAGCAGUGGCCCUCGAAGGCAGCCUAAUCGAUGACAAGGUUCGGGAAAGUACUUGCAAAGCACUUCUCAUGUUAGGUGGCCGGUUUUCUGCUGCAGGCGGGCAGUCGUCCUUCAUUAAGAAUUGGGUUCUGAAGCAAGCUGGACAUAAUGCUAAUACUACAUCUGGAGUGAUCAACUCUCAAGGAGCAACAUGUUUUGAUGACUCUUUUUCUCAGGAAGAAGAAGAGGAAGAGGAGGAGGCGGCAGGGGAAGAGUGGUUGAGGAACUUGUCAGCAUUGUUGCUCAGCAAUGGAAAGAAGUCGUUUCUAGACUCCAUUUCACAAUGCUUGAACUCGGGCGGUAAAGCGGAUUUGGUGACAGUAUGCCUAAGCACCAUUGUGUGGCUGAGCUGUGCACUUUCUUCUGAAUCGGAUGCCGAAUUUCAGCUGCCUGCAUUCUCUGCCCUUAUCUCUGGUCUGAAGGACAACUUGGAGAAUGGUGAGCUGGACGAGCACAAGGUCCUGGCUUCCAUGUCACUGCUGAAUUUUAGUAGAAUUCCAGAGUGCAGGGUGAUGUUGAGUACAAUUGCAGAAGACAUUACAGGUUCGCUUCGAAGCCUUUUCGACGUAACAUGGGCAGCGAAACAGCUCCAUUCCACCAUCUCUGGAUGAAUUGCGCGCAUAGCGAAGCUUGUGAGAGCAAAAUGAAACUCUUAGAAAUCAAUGGAUCUUCUGUUAACGGUCACUAGAUAGAUAGACAGACGAAAGCAAGUGUUAAUUGGCUGCAGAGAGUAGCAUGAAAGUAUAAUCAUCCAUCAGGACGUGAAAUAUAAUAUACUACUGACGCUGAUGUAGAGACCUCUGUUGUAAUGCAAAAUUUGGUUUGGUUUGGUUUGCUUUAGGAACAUUUUGACGUGAAUUUUUUUGGAUUGUUCAUGCACA